AAUGGCACCACGGAUCAGCCCCCUUAAGGAUGCCACUCACUAUGUUCUUUCGAAGUCUGACAAGACAUCCAAAUUAGAGGUGAAGUACAUCAAUGCAGUUAAAGGACGUGGUGUAUUUGCAAAGUCCUCUAUUUGCAAAGGAGAUUUUGUUGUAGAAUACAGGGGAGAUAUUAGAAAUGACGCAGAAUCCCCGGGAAGACGACAACUUUACCACCCGUCAUGUGCUGCUUUUAUGUUUGUGUUUAAGUGGAAAGGGAAAACAUGGUGUAUUGAUGCUUCGAGAGAAGACGGGUCAUUUGGACGACUUGUCAAUAAGGAGCACAGAUAUCCAAACUGUAGGAUGAAGAAAAUUGAAGUUAACAGACACCCCCACCUUUGUUUAUUUGCUCUCAACAACAUUAAAGAAGGAGAGGAAUUACGUAUGACUAUGGGGGUGAAGACAGCCCAUGGAGAACAAAAGGCUGUGGUAUCAACUGGAUACUAG